CCGCAUUAAAAGCGAUGCACCAAUUCCAUUUUUAUCCUCUCACUCUACUCUCAUUUCCUUCUCCAAAAAGCAUUACGCUUAUACUGUAAACCAGAGAGAGUAGGAAAGAAUCAGUGGAAAAUAAAUCACCUAUUUUCUCAAGUUUCAAGAUGAAAAUGGAAACACUGCCUUCGACGUUUUCUUACACCAAUGAGGAUAAAAAGAAUCUCAAGCAAUUACUUGAUGCCUUUGGAUCUGUGGUUUCUCUUGACGAUAUAGCUUCUGCCUACUGUCAAGCAGAUCGCAAUUUAGUCAUUACUUGUGAACUACUCCGUAAGAUGCAGGGAAGCACCUCUGGCACAUCUAUGUCAGUUUCACAAGAUGAUUUGGAAAGCAAAACAAGUCUGUCUUCUGAAUAUCAAAUGGAUAAUAUUCUGGAGAAUGUUUGUGCUUCUAACUCCAAGGUCAAAAAGUGUUCAGCAUCAAUGGGAACUGUGUCAUGUGUGAUUGGGAGAGAAUAUUCUCAACAUAGGUCAGUAACUAAUGAAACAUGCAAGAAGACCAAACCACUGAAAUUGAAUUCGACGGAUUUUCCAGUCUCUGAGAUUUGGGAUGAGAACUUGGAAUCAGAUUCUACAGCAAGGAAUGAAACCCUGCAUCAAGACAUUGAACAAUUUCUUUUCAAAAUGCUUGGAGAUGGCUUUCAGCUUGAAAUGGAUGUAAUUCAAGACGUUGUUGGCCAGUGUGGAUAUGACAUGCAAAUGAGUAUGGAUAAGCUUCUGGACCUCUCAGCAUCAACAUUAGGGAAGAAAGAUGACGUUAUUGGCAUUGAUGCUCAUAAGCAUAUGGGGAAUAAUCCGGAGCUAGAAGAUAAUCCAUGUGAAGGACAACCACCACACCUCAACUUCUGUGAAAGAUCUAAUGCAGAUAUCUCAAUUGGAAGUGAAUUACGAUUACCUAGAAGAGAGAAGGAAAAGCAUGAUAUCCAAAAAGAAGUUCUACAGGCACUAUUUAAUGCACCCGAAAGAAUCGAAGAGAAGUCAGAGAGAAUUCAACCGAUUAGAGGAGACAAGCGAAGGACUCCUUAUGGACGGUUUGUGGCGAAACCACCAGAAGAUACAAGUUUAGAAAACAUUACCUUUAUUACAAGUCGACCAGUUGGUAAAAGGAGUGAUGAAAAUGGUGAGAAUAGCUAUGAGGACUUGCGUGAGGCUGUGAAGGAGUAUUGGAUUGCGAUGAAAGAAUACUACAAAGCUGCUGUUGAUGCAUUCACUGAAAAGGAUCAUGAGAAAGCACAAAAGUUUCUGCAAGAGGGACACUUUUUUAUGAAGAAGGCCCGAGAAGCAGACGAAACAUCUGCACAAAAACUUCUUGAGAACAGUAGCGCAGAAGAAGAACUCUCUCUUAAUGUUUAUUUAUUUGAGCCGAAGGAAGCUGUUCACAUGCUGAGACUUCACUUGCCUACUUUUUCGGGUCUUCCAUCUGUUAAGCAUCUCAAUGUUAUAGUUGGGACCAAUGAAAAAGAUGCCAAAGAAGGGCUUCGGAAGCGAAUGAUUAUCAAGCUUCUGAACCGGGAGUCUAUACCAUUUACUGAGAACGAGAGUGGCAAGAUGAUUGCAAUCCAGGUUGAUGAGAUUAAUCCAGAGAAACUAAGUUUUGCUAAAAAAUCUUAAAUUUUCAAAUUUUGAAGACGUGAGGAGUUUUGCAAUCCGGCGUAUUACUUGGAAAUCAUACUGUUUUGCCAAAUUAUGAAAGAAAUUUUAUUUUGCGAAAUUUGUAGAUGACUAAAGUGUUGCAUCUAUGCAAUCGUCGUCAUCAAUGGUAAUAGCGUACCAGUUGAUUUUUUGCAAAAUGAAAGCAAAACUAAGCAGUUUAUAAUUUGUCUGCAUUUGCGAGUUGUACUUUGAACGCUCAUUUUGAUCGUAAUAUGCUGGGUGAUGAACCAUAUUGACAAGGAGUUUGUCAAAAAUCAUUUUACUUGUUAACUA